AUGGAUACAAAAUCAUUCUCAUCACGGAUCAGUGAUCUUGUCAAGUUCCUUUCCUCUGUCCAGGGAGACCUCUCAAAUGUCACCGCGCCGCCCUCUUUCUUGGCGCCAUCGUCAGUGGUCGAAGUCGGCCACUGCUGGUGCCAGCGGCCAGGCGUCUUCGUCGCCCCGGCACUGGAAUCAGACCCGGAGAAGCGCAGCUUGAAGGUGCUGCGCAUGAUCCUCAUCGCCAUGCGCAGCCAGUUCUACGUCGCCGGCGCGCCAAACGUCAGCAUCAAGAAGCCACUGAACGCGUUUCUGGGUGAGCUGUUCCUCGCUUCGUGGACGGAUUCCGAUCGGAAGGCGAGGACGGAGCUCGUGGCGGAGCAGGUUAGCCACCACCCGCCCAUCACGGCGAUGCACAUGGGCAGCAAGGAGCAUGGUAUUCGCGCGGACGGGUAUGCGCGGGUGGAGAUGACCUUUUCGAGUACUGUGAACAUUCGACAGAUUGGGCACGCCGUGGUUCACAUUGACCGAUAUGACGAGGAUUACCUGAUUCCGUUGCCAGAGGUCAAGGUUCGGGGAUUCCUCAACGCGUGUCUUUACCCAGAGGUUUUGGGAACAUAUUACAUUGUUUCCAAUACGGGCUACAUUUCAGAGAUCAAAUUCUCGGGCAGCGGGUUCCUUAGAGGCAAGAAGAACUCAUUCGAGGCGCGGAUGUACCACAAGAACGACAAGAAGAACACAAUCUACGAGCUUCAAGGAUGCUGGAGCGAAGGCUGGACAGUCAAGGAUGGAAGGACAGGGGAAAUUCUCGAAAAGUACGAGGUCGACGCGUUGGAGAACCUCCCAGCGCCGAUGGAAAUGGAGCCGAUUGCGACCCAAGAUCCGUGGGAGUCUAGACGCGCGUGGAACGGCGUCAUUCAAGGGCUCAGUAAGAAUGACUUCCGCGAGACGGUCAGCGCAAAGAGUCAGGUUGAGGAGGCGCAGCGGCGGAUGAGGGCGGAAGAGAAGAAGAAGGGCGAGACAUGGGAGCCGUUGUUCUUCAAGAGUAUUCCUGGGGAGGAGCACGAGGUUUUCCAUCGGUUGGCAAAGGGCGUUAAUUGGGAAUUACAUGACAAGCAUACCAAAGGCGUUUGGAAGAUUGAUGAUUCAAAGAGGGACUCGGUGCAACGGCCGUUCAGAGGAGAAUCGACACCACUGGGUUAA